UUAAUUUAGAUAUAUUUCGAGUGGCUUUAAAAUUGAAUUCAAUUUUUUUAACUACUGAGUGAAACGGACGCGAAAUGGAUAUAAGAAACUUCUUUAAAGGUUAUUUUCGUUGAAGUAUUAUUAAAUGUUCUCUAAAAUCAAUAAAAUGUUUUAUGUUUAAACUGACAUAAAACAGAAGGUGUCAGAAAAUGAUGGCACAAAGUUGAAAGUGAUGAGAACCAUGCACUUUUUCUGCUGUUGGUAAACGUUAUUAUAAUCUAUAUUUUUUUAUGCAGAGUAUGGUUUUGAAAAUUAUACGUUAUUAUAGCUUUUUCCAAUGAUUUUCCUAAAAACGAUAAUGGGCGAUAUGUUGUCGCUCUCCAAAUGAAACUGUUUCAAAAAUUAGAGAUAUUGAAACAUUUUUGGACGCCUUCAUAAAUGUAUGAGUUCCUAAAGCGUUUUAAAAAGUUUGUUGUGUAAAUUUUGGGUACUUUUUCCACCUAAAUGUCCGCAAGGAGUACUGGGAUCAUUUGCAAUAAAACCCUAUGUCCGCUAUAAACAUAUGCAUAAGUACUGCAAAAAAUAUACAAAAAGUUGGUACCAUAAAGCAACUGACGCUGAGGCGGAUAAUGUGCUUAAAGGUUGGCCUGUAGAUGUGGCAAUAUAUACUGACUGCAAAAAAGUUAUAGACGAAAAUGGAAAAAUUCUGAAAUCAAUCCUUAAUGCUAUAAUAUUUUGCGACACAUGACUUGCCAUUAAGGGAAAAAUCAUCGGAUGAACGUAUGAAGAUAUGAACAUGUUUUAAUUUUACAGAAAUAUAUGUAUGUCAUAUAUUAUUCAAUAUUUUUACGCUGGGCUACAGAUUUUAAUAUAUUGAGAAAUUUAUACGAUUUAGGUGUUUUAGUCGACUUAAUGAAGUUACAAAUUGUAUCAGGUGAUACUGGGCUUGAAAUGCAUUUCACUAAAGCCAGUCGUCAACGGGCAACUUACUCAUCGCCUCGAAAUCCGAAUAAAUUGGUAUUAGUAAGCCUCUGUGGAAAAGUAGUAAGAGACAAAAUAGUGGAAGCAGUAAGGAAAGCCUCUGUAUAUAGUGUACUAGCUGACGAAACUGUUGAUAUUUCAGGAAAAGACCAGCUGUCAAUUGGUGUUCGAUUUUGUGAUAAACAGAGAAUUGUCCACGAGAAGUUUCUAGGAUACACAAAACUAAGUGCUAUGGAUUCCAAAACAAUUGCAGGAGCUAUUAAUAGUUUUUUGAAAGAAAAGGAUCAUGAUUAUAGCAAAUGCGUAGGCCAAGGAUAUGAUUUUUGUUUCACCAUGGCCGGAAAGGUUAACGGCGUUCAAGGAAUAUUAAGAAAUAUAUCUACAAAAGCCCUUUUUUUCAUUGUGCAUGCCAUAGACUCAAUUUAGUUGUCAAUGGCUUAAAUGCUGUUGCGGAUAUAAGAAAUACGAUAGCAACAGUUAAAGACAUAAUUAAUUUUUUCCGAGAGUCUAGUACACAAAGUCAUAAUACGCCAAACAUGCUCCUUUUUUAUAAUACUCGAUGGUCACAAAAAUGCAGAAGCAUUCGACUUUUUAAAACACAUUUCGUGAAAAUUAUUAAGUCGUUAGAGAAAUUAGAGGUUGAAAGAAAUGCAAGCACCAGAAAAAUCAGCUUUUCAACUGCAGACAACAGCUACUAACUCUACGUUUAUCAUUACCGUACUAUUAAUAGCCAAAUAUUCAGCUCUACUGGAGCCAACAGUGAAUACUUUGCAAUCAUCUUUAAUAAACGUUAUGCAAUGCUCGCAACAUACCUAUACAAAAUUUUAUUGAAGUCGUGCAGCAGAAUCGAAGUAGUAUUGAUGUGAUUGUAGGUGACUGAAUCGAAUGAAAUUACAGACCAGUUAUAUGUUGAACUAAAGCCUCCUAGAAUAUACAGCCAACAACAUUUAGAGCCAAUCCGCCCGCGACGACAGUAGAUCAGUAUUAUAAGGUUUCCCUUAUAACACCUUAUUUAGCCUCGCUGCUCACAUCACUUAGUAUUCGAUUAAUAAAGAAAAUUCCACAGCAUUUUUUUGUCCUAUCUUUUUCUAUACCAAAUGUUGCAAUUGUCUGAUGAAAGAUUGCGAGAAAAAUUAAAACAGUGCAAGCAUUUACAAUAUUGAAGGACUUGAGGAAGAGAGUCAAAUAUGGUACAUUACAUGGAAAAAAAAAGUGAAAUCUGCUGAAGAGUUGAAACAAAUUUGUAUAAAAGUAUUAAUAAAGUGAAGCACAGAUAUUAUUUCCUGUGAAAAAAAAGCGCUUGAAAUGUAUGUUGCAUUAUCUUGUACGACAUGGACGGUGUAACGAUCAUUUACUACUUUAAGGCAUGUAAAACUUGACUACGAUCUACUAUGAGCGAAAAUCGAUUAAAUGGUAGAAUAAAUUUUCAUAACUAAGGUUUAAUAAUAAAUAAAUUAAUUUGUUUACUUAUAUUUAUGUUUGCUGGGUCUUUAUAAUAAAUUUGUGGACGAAAACAAAAAUGAAAUUGUUAAGAAAGUAAUUGAUCUAUUAGCAGAAGAU